AUGAAUAACGGCAGUUCCAACGGCUCUGGACGUAGCCCCUCGAAUCUCCCACCAUUGUCGUUGUCUAUACUCGGUGUCGAGCCCCUGGACGAAUUUAUUCGUGAAGUCGCCGACUUCAUACACCACAUGAUUGGCCAACGCCCCGAGGGCGCGAACGGGGUUGAGGUUGAGGCAAAAGUCGGUGUUCUGCGGGACAAAGUGAGUGGGCAGCGCCUGAGCCUGCCAGUGCUGGUCGAGACGAUUAUCAUGCCAAAUUCAGUUGACUGUCGCUUCGAAUCAAACAUGUCUCCAAUCCAGCAUAAACAUUUCAACACAUUGUUGAACAACCUGAAGACAACAUCUUCCACCCCAUCUGAGAUGAACUAUGCCCAUCUUCACCUCGUCGAUUCGUUUUACGCCGCACCAGAUGGCCGAGGCGAAAAGGUUCGUGUCACGCGAGAUGAGAAGUCGGGCGCGGUACAGGCAUGCGUGCAGAAAGUCCGCCUUGGAAGCCUAGACAUCUACAGCCCCAAACGCGCAGCAGACUGGCGUAUCAGCGUCAAUGUCGAAAUUCCUGUUCCACAGCCCAUAGGAACGGCGACACAUACCCGAAAAAAGGACCGGAUGAGCUACACACACGAGGAAUUCAUUGUUGACUUGACGCAAGUCACGUCGACCUUCGGCGCGUCGUCAAAGCCUGAAGUCCUGCAUGAACUGGAGGUAGAGCUUGCACGCCCAGAAUACCUCCUCUCGACCGCAGCUAAGCGGGGUGAUCCUAACGUAUCUGAGAGCGAGCGGGGCGCAUUUGACGAGCUCAUCCGAGCGUUUGUGAACAACGCUCGCAUUCUUGUACGCAACUCCGGAGAUGGCUGGCAGUAG